CAGACCUUUAAGAGGUUCGUUGAGAUAGGUAGAGUGGCCUACAUUGCGUUCGGUCCUGACGAAGGCAAAUUAGUCACCAUUGUUGAUGUCAUCGAUCAGAACAGGGCCUUGGUUGAUGGACCAUGCACAAGUGUUGUUCGUCAAGCCAUGAAUUUUAACAAAUUAGAACUAACAAAGUUUGUUAUUAAAUUCCCACACUCGGCUAGAACUGGCGUUGUUAAGAAAGCUUGGGAGAAGGCUGACAUCAACAAGCUCUGGUCUGAAACAUCAUGGGCCAAGAAAAUUGAAGCCCAGAAUAAAAGAAAGGUAAUGACUGACUUUGAUCGAUUCAAAUUAUUCAAAGCCAAACAAGCUAGAAAUCGCCUGGUGAGGAUAGAAUUUGGCAGGUUGAGGAAGCUUGCAAAGAAGGCUGCCCCAACCAAGACGAGAAAACCUAACAAGAAGGUUCACAAAAUCUAA